AAAUUUUAAAUAGCCGAAAUGUCCUAUUUUAUCGUUUAAUAUAAAUACGAAUAAAUAAAAGGCAUAGAUAUCACUUCAGUAACCAAAGAUGGGUUCAAAGGAUACCCUAUCGUUGGUGGCAGCAUUUGAUGAUUUAGUCAGGAAUGCCAAUGUUCUUACAGCUGGCGUGGAAACCGAGUUUAUGGCCUUUGUGAAGAAUCAAGAACAAUGUAGAAAGAAAUGGCUUGCGGCGGAGGAGGGUAGUAGUAGUACAAGUAACAAGAUCAGAAAACUGGAGAUGGAGAAUCAGGCUUUGGAUACGAAACUAAAGCAUGCAAGGAGCCAGAUUGAUCAUGAGAUGAAGAGACGGAUAAAGGCUGAACAGGAAAAGGAGUGUAUGGAACGACAGAUUGCCUUGAUCCGGGACCUACUUCAGAAAGAGAAACAACCAGGUCAUGGACAGAGUCUGAUUAACGAUCAAGAGAGGGAACGUGUCUUGUCCUAUUUUAACAACACCAGUACAUUCAAUCACAACUCGCCAUAUGGAUCAAAUAUGGAUCCUGUAUCGCCAAGAAGGCUCGACACAAUCAACGAGUCCAACACUUCAGUUGUAUUGGAUUCAGAUUAUGACAAGACGGAAGAAGAUCUCGAUGAAUCCUCGCUGCGUAGCGGGCGGCGCUGGAAACGACGUCGGGCGCCCACUGCUCCACCGCCCGAGGAGUCAGAUGACGAAAGCGACGGCUCCUCCAAGAGACGGAGAACUAAAAGUGCCAGUGGAGAAGCAAACACCUCGAUUACAGCAACAACGACCAUCAGAAUCCCCCCGCAUGGAGGAACGAUGACCGCAACAUCUGAAAUACAGACAGAUGCCAAGAGACAUCAAAGAAAGAAAUCCAAUGGUCACAAUGAUGACAACACUAACUCUAAUAGCAACAAUCCACGGGGCAUCCUCAAAGAUAAGACAAACCAAGAGACCAAGAAACAAACGACACCCGGCUCGCCUGUCCUCAUCCGUACAUACAGCUCAGCAGGCCGCCUCAAUAAGGGUCAUCUGUUUGUUACCAAGUCCAUCCUGAGGAUCGAAUCAUGUGGAGUGUGUAACAAGAGAAUAGGUUUUGGCAGCAAGGCUUUGAGGUGUCGCGAUUGUCGGACAACCGCUCACAUCGACUGCAAAGACAAGGUGCCACUUCCAUGUGUACCCAACACACCGGCGACACCUGGCACCAGCAAGAAGGAAAUGGGAGUCGUAGCAGAUUAUGCAUCAAACGAAGCUCCUAUGGUACCUGCUUUAGUGAUUCACUGUAUACGAGAGGUAGAACAGCGCGGCCUAGCUGAGCCAGGCCUCUAUCGAGUGCCAGGUUCGGACAAAGAAAUCAGGGAGCUUAAGGAGAAAUUUUUGCACAAGAAAGGCGUUCCUAAAUUGUCUGCCAUCGAUGACAUCCAUGUGAUCUGCGGCUGCAUGAAGUCGUUCCUGCGAGGUCUGAGGGAGCCCCUCGUCACCUUCGAUCUCUGGAAAGACUUCGUCCACGCAACGGAAUUGAAUGACAAAGAUGAAGCGCUGUGUCACGUUUACCAAGCCGUCAGUGAACUCCCACAGCCUAACAGAGACACCAUGGCUUAUCUAAUACUUCAUUUACAGCGCGUUGCAGAUUGCCCCGAGUGCAAAAUGCCAAUCAGCAACUUGGCCAAGGUGUUUGGACCAACUAUCGUGGGUUAUUCUACCCCUGAACCUGAACCGAUGCAGAUGAUCAACGAAACCAAGAAACAAGCCAUGGUUGUGGAUUUACUCAUGACCAUCACUUCUGAUUAUUGGGCCAAUUUUAUCAACGUGGAAGAUGACGGUAUCAACCUACGAUCUCUCAAUUUUGUCCGCACUGAUGUCCACACCCCAGAACUAAGAGUUCCAUCUAGUAUGCUCGGUCCAGUCAAUGGAAGCAUGACCAAGAAAGCUCAAGAAGUCUUUGGUGUAACUCCCAGAAAUGGGAAAGACAGAAAGACAUCGAGAACAAGAACCGGACCGAGACACUUCUUCUCAUCGCCAACAUUGAAUUGAACAACAACACUAAGGCCAAAAUGAUGAGGACUUCUUAUAAUAUGAAGCUAUUAACUUUUCAAGAUCUCUCUGAUAUUGUCAAACCAAUCUUUGGGAUUUUUUGGAAAAUAGUCGUUCUUUUGGGAUUGAGAAUACUCAUUGUAUAAUGCCACGUUCGUUUACCAAACUAAAAUGUACUUUUGAAACAUAUCAGAUUUUGCCAGUACUGAGAGUCUUACCUCAGUUCCAACUUCCGUCAAGUAUUUCAGCUGAAUGAUCACACCCACUCAUCACUCAAGUGAACUGUUCCAUGGAGAGCUGGUGAUCACUCUCUAUCAACAACAAGUUUUACUGUAUACUCAAUGUGAAGAGAGUAAUUGCUCUCUAAAAUACCUUCAAGCAUGAACAAUUUCCUCAUCUGAUUUUAAACAGUAUUUCGUUACCUUUUGUAAAUACAUCUGUAUAUAGCCAUCAUUUUAGCACUACAUGUAUGUCAUAUUCAAUGCAAUGUGUGUCCAGUAUUUAUGUAUCUUUGUCUUCUUUUACUUUGAUAAGUUUAGCUUGGCCUUUGCUUUGGUAGAUGUAUUGGGCUUUGAGAAACUGUGUCGCGGCGAGGAAGCCAGUGGAGGCCUGUCUGUUCAAAAAGGCCUAUUUUGCCUGCAAUUGGCUGAUGUGUUACAGGCAUACCUUUUGACAAGCCUAAAGGUGGGAAAUUGCUGCCAUAUUGGAACAUAUACAUGUAACUCACCCAGGUAGCUUACUGAUGCAUAAUUAUAGUACAAUACCUUACUUCGUAAGGCUGAUUCACUAUGAGAACCUUCACAAGUGAAAGUCGGGCUAACUACAUGUAUAUUCAGCCUCAUUUCACAGGGGACUCGAGUGUAAUGACGUCAACACAGAAUAUUUGAGAGAGUAUAUUGAGAAUGUCAAAUUUUGUUUGAAAGAUUGAGAGAUGAAAUGAUGAGUUUUUAUUUUAUUCAGUAUGUUCAUGUAGUCUGCGGUGCAAUUCAUACCCGUGUGAAGUGUGUUAUAAAAUCUUCAAUGUAAUGUAGCUCAUAGGUGUAGAAAUAAAGUUCUUGUAAAUAGA